AAACUUCCAUUAAAAAUAUUAAGCUUCUAUGACCGUGGUGCAGAAACUUGAAUGUUUUGAACAGCAUUUUUAAUAAUAAAUAAUAAUAUUAAUAUGUUGUCGAAUUAUAUAAAUGCAUGUAGGAUAUGUUUGCAGGAAGGAUCCUCGACUUCUAUAAAUACCAAGUUGGACAACUCUUGUAUUACCUAUUAUGAACUAAUUAAGACGUUUAUCUACCCAGAGAUAUCAUGUGUGGAUAAUUACCCUCUGAAUCUAUGUUUACAAUGUAUCGAAUUACUUCACAGUAUACAUAGUUUGAGAACAACAUUGAUCAAAACUGAGGAGAAACUCAAAUCUUUGGAAAAUGUUGAUAUCUUACAAAAGAAAAGUGAUACUGACCUCCAGUUAGAAAGUGAUAAUAUUUCAGAGAUAUCUGAACCAUCAUAUAUAUUGCCAUUGGUGUCUAAUUAUACUGAUAACAUUAAAAGACAAGAAGUUGGGAAGGCACACAAAAUUUUCAAUUGCGAACAGUGUUCCAGAGUAUUCAGGAGACUAGAACAUUUGGCAGUUCACAAAAGAAUACACACAGGAGAGCGUCCUUUUGAAUGCAGUAAAUGCCCUAAAAAAUUCAUUCAGAAAGCAACUCUGGAUCAACACAUGAGAAUUCAUUCUGGAGAAAAACCAUUUAUGUGUUCUACUUGUGGCAAAUCAUUCUCUCAGUCAAUAAGUCUAACAUAUCAUUUCAGGAUACAUACUAGAGAAAAACCUUUUCAAUGUAGCUUUUGUGAUAAAAGAUUCAUUCAGAAGAACAACCUCAAUAUCCACAUGAGGUUUCAUCGUAAUGAGAGACCAUAUAAAUGUGAAAUGUGUGAAAAAAAGUUUUUCACAAAUUCCCAUUUGAAAAUACAUAUCAAGCAACAUCUUGGCAAAAGAGAUCAUGCUUGUAAUGUCUGUCAUAAGAGGUUUUUGAGGAGUGAACAUUUAAAACAACAUUUUAAUACCCACAAAGGGGAAAAAUCACAUAUUUGUGAAAUUUGUAGCAAAGCUUUCAGUCAAAAAAGUCAUUUAACCAGACAUAUGAAGAUUCAUAAGGAGAAAUAGGUCAAGUUUAUCGUUAAUAUGUAUUCUGGAUCUCAAUUUAUUAAUUUGAAAUAUUUUUCAUUCAAUAAAAGUAUUGGCAACUCAA